CCGGAGCCGCGGGACCGCGCGCACGCAUGGGGCUGGGACCCCGCUCGCCCGCCCCGGCGGGGCGUCGCUUCGCCGCGGGCCGCGGACGGGGCCGCGGAGCGCGGGGGUCGGGGCGGCCUCCGCCGGGCCGCGGACGGCAGCCCCGCACGCCGGCGGAGCGGCCGGCGGCGCCGGCUCCGGAGGCGCUUCCGCCGCACCUGAGCCCCGAGGCCCUGGGGUAUUUCCGACGGGCGCUGUGCGCGCUGCGAGAGGCCCCCGCGGCCGGGGAGGAGCGAGAGCUGAUGGUGCACAAUAUUUUAAAAGAAGUGGAGGCCCAAGCCGUAGCCCUGGCCACGAGCCGCACCGGCAGUGAGAUGUUGCAGGAACUGUUGGGGUUCAGUCCUUGGAGGCCCCUGUGUCGAAUCUGGGCCGCUCUGCGCUCCAACUUGCGUCUGGUGGCCUGUCAUCGGUGCGGGGUCCAUGUGUUGCAGAGUGCUUUGCUGCAGCUGCCUCGAUUGCUGGAGAGGCCUUCCCAGCCGGAGGAGGAGGAGGAGGAGGAGGAGGAGGAGGAGGAAGAGCAUGGGAAGGAUGGUGCCUUGGGAAGCUUGGAGGACCUGGUCCUGGGACUAGCUUCCGAGGUGUCCGACGAUUUUGUUUUCUACUGUGGGGACACUCAUGGCAGCUUCGUGGUUAGGACUCUCCUGCAGGUGUUAGGUGGGACGCUCCUGGAGUCUGAAAGAACCAGGCACCGUGGCUCCCAAUCAUCUGAAGCCCACAGGACCUCAGCGAGGGAAUGUAAGCCUGCUGAUUUUGAAGUCCCGGAAACAUUCCUCAAUCGCCUUCAGGACCUGAGCUCUUGCUUUCUGAAAGACAUUGCUGUGUUUAUCACGGACAAGAUCUCCAGCUUCUGCCUUCAAGUGGCCUUACAGGUCUUACACCGCAAACUGCCUCCAUUUUGUGCCCGUCUCUGCAGUGCUGUUAUUGACUAUCUGGGUACUCGAAAUCCUUCAGCAGAUGGCAGCCCUCUACUGGUGUUUCUUCGGGAUCAGACAAGCUCCAGACUCUUAGAACAGGUGCUGUUGGUAUUAGAGCCCCCGAAGCUCCAGAGUCUCUUUGAGGAUCACUUCCGGGGUCAGCUGCUGACCUUGGCAGCCCAUCCCAUUGCUAACUUCCCUUUGCAACGCCUACUGGAUGCAGUCACGGCUCCUGAGCUGCUGUCCUGCAUGUUUGAGGAGCUGAGCCCUGCCCUGGAAGCUGUGCUGGCCCAGGGCCACCCAGGGGUGGUGGUUGCCCUGGUGGGAGCCUGCCGCAGAGUUGGGGCGCAUCAAGCCCAGGUCUUGCAGCGCUUGUUGGAGGCGUUCCACUGUGCGGAGCCCGCAUCCCGCCAGGCGGCCUGCGUGCCUCUGCUCGCCACGCUGACGGCUUACGAGGUGUACUACGCGCUGGCGGAGGAGGAGGGGGCGGAGCCCGCAGAGCACCAGGUGGACACGGCCUCGGCCAGGGCCCUGGGGGAAGUGACUGUCCUCGGGUCUCUGCUGCUGCAGCAUCUGCUGCACUUCUCCACCCCUGCUCUUGUUCUGCGAAGCCUGGCUGCCUUGACGGGACCACAGCUCGUGGCUCUGGCCCAGAGCCCCGCUGGCUCCCACGUGCUGGACGCCAUCCUGACCAGCCCUUCUGUGACACGCAAGCAGCGCCGGCGUGUGUUGAAGACCCUAAAGGGACAGUAUGUGUCUCUGGCAUGCAGCCGUCACGGCAGCCGCGUGCUGGACGCCAUCUGGAGUGGAGCGGCCUUGGGGGCCCGGAAGGAGAUUGCCGCUGAGUUGGGAGAGCAGACCCAGGAGCUGAUGAAAGACCCUUUUGGCCACCAUGUGGCUCGGAAUGUGGCCUUGACUACCUUCUUGAAGCGGCGAGCGGCUUGGGAAGAGCAGCAGAGUGCGGUGGCCAAGCGGAGGAAGGCAUUCAACUCCAUCCUUGAAGACUGAGGCCCCGCCGUCUGGGAGUGGGUGUUGAAGAGGGAGUCAGCGGAGUGCCCGCUCACUCCAUACCUUCCCUGUUAAAGCUGGAGUCAAAAACCUUACCUGAGCUGGUUGCCGGUGGCCCGUGCUUGUUAUCCUAGCUGCUUGGAAGCUGGGGAUUGGGAGAAUCACAGUUCAGAGUCCGCCUGGGCAGCCCAGCUUACCAGCCACCUUCCCAGUAGUCAUUCCAGCUCUGAUGGGAAGCGUCAAAUAGGUGGACCACAGUCCAGGCGUGCACACAAGCAGAAAGCAAGACCCGAUCUCACAAAAUAACCAAUGCAGAAAGGCUGGGGUUGUGGCUCAGAAGUAGAGCUCCUGGCCUAGCAAGCACAAGGUCCUGAAUUCAAACCCAGUACCUGGAUUGGGUACUGUCGUCCAUGCCCAUAAUCCUGACGUAGGAGAGUUGAGUUUGAAGCCAGCCUGGUCCACUUAGACAAAUCCGAUCUUUAAGAAAAAGGCAUUGGGGGCUGGGGAUAUGGCCUAGUGGCAAGAGAGCUUGCC